AAUGUCAGAAUACCUCAACUAAUAACAAUUAAACAAUUCCACUUUCCGGCCAAUUAAACUAUUUAAUACUACUUCAUUGUUACAUCAACAUUUCUCAAUAGGAUCUCUAAAUUUUCUCAUCUUUCCUCCUAUCAUAUUAAUUAAAUAGAUCUUUCUCUGUUUUGUUACCUUUGUUUUUAUAAGUUAAUUAAUUUAGCUUAGCCAUGUUUAGAGCACUGAGCACACGAAGAGAUUAUAGGGGAUAUGAUGAAUUGAUUAAAGAGGAGGCACCAUCCACUCCACUAGUAGAUCCAAAAUUGAACCGAAACAGAAGCGUUUCAGCAGCUUAUAAAUUUUUUAGUUCAUCCAGGAAGGAGCAAAAUUCUCCGAUGAGUCCUCAAGUGAAUAAGGAAGCGAAAAAAGCGAGCAAAAUUCACCCGAUAUUCAGUCUAUUCGAAACGAAGAAGAAGAAGAAGGCAACUGCUAGGCCCGAAUUCUCCAGAUACAUUCAGUAUGUUAGAGAGGGGGGUUUUGGUGAUGUGUUGCAGACUUCUUCAGUUCCUCCAACUUCACCACGGCCGUGAAUUGAUUCAAUAAAUUCGAUAAUUAUGAUGAGAUAGCUUCUUCUUUUUCUUUUUUUUUUAAUUUUCUGGUAUAGAAGAUCUAUCGAUAACAUUUAAUUAAUAAUAAUAAUUCAUAUCAUCAUGUGAUUUUAGAGAUCCUUAAAAUUUGGAGUUGAUAUAAAUGAUCAUGAUGAUAUAUAUAUAUAUAUAUACACUCUUGUCAAGCUGUC